UGCAAUGCUUUAGCUUUAAAUAUCCCUCAUAUCUUCUGUACAUGCUGCUCAAACAAAUAAAGCUCUACAGUUUUAACUUUCAUGCUUAAUCUACAGUCAAUGCCAUUAAGCUUGAUACAUAAGUCAUUUGUAUUAUAUGCAUGCAUUGCAUUCUGGUACAUUGAGUCCAGUGUUUGCUGUCUACGCUAUUGAAUUUCUAAGUAAUAUGAGAUUGAAUGUCCCUGGAAAAUGGUGAGCAGGUAAAAAAGUUCUUGCUCUUUUUUUGUUUUUAACUGUGCAACCAGUCUACGAGGCUUUGAAAUUUUUAUUAUUUUAUCCUUCAUUAAAGUCUUUAUUCAGUCCAUACUAAAAUAAUAGAAAGAAAUGUUACGUCACCUUGCUCUAAACUUUAAAGCUGACCAAUUGCUUUGUGGUGAAGUGUUGCUCUAUUUUACACCCCAAAGUUCAGGCCUAUCCUAUAGCAAGGCUGGAUUCCAGGGUAAAUCAUUAAUCCCCUGAGCUGUAGCUUAUCAUUAAUAAAAUCCCAUGCUGAACUUUAGGCCUGCACCAAAAUUGGACAACAUUUCAGUGAAGGAGGUGUAGAGCUGGAAAAAGUUCUGCAGUGAUCAGUGGAUCCUGAUGCAAAGUUCAUCUCCCUGUGCUAAACAAGCUGAACACUAACGGCUGUGUUUGGCUAAAAACAUUCACGAAAGACUUACUUUUCAUUGUUGCUGGAUAAUUCAGAGGCAGUAUGGCAGGGUCUGGAUAUGGCUACUACCGGACUACCAUUUUCCUUGCCAUGUUUGUGGGCUAUACAUUAUAUUGCUUCAACAGGAAGACAUUCUCCUUUGUAAUGCCCUCUGUAAUGCAAGAGAUCAAGUUGGAUAAAGAUGACUUGGGUCUUAUCACCAGCAGCCAAUCUCUGGCCUAUGCUAUCAGCAAGUUCAUAAGUGGGGUGCUCUCAGAUCAAAUAAGUGCACGAUGGCUUUUCUCCAUUGGCCUCUUUAUGGUGGGUGGCAUCAACGUUCUGUUCUCACAGUCCUCCACUGUGUUCAUGUUCUCCGUGCUCUGGUUCCUGAAUGGACUUGGCCAGGGCUUUGGGUGGCCACCAUGUGGAAAAGUGCUUCGUAAGUGGUUCGAGCCGUCUCAGUUUGGCACAUGGUGGGCAGUGCUGUCAUGCAGUAUGAACCUGGCUGGUGGACUGGGGCCAAUCAUUGCCACGCUUCUGGCUGACAGCUACAGCUGGAGGUCUACUCUGUCCGUCUCUGGCCUGAUUUGUGUGGUCAUGUCAGUCUUCUGUCUCCUGGUGAUCCAGAAUGAACCUAAAGAUGUUGGACUGCCCAAUAUAGAGGCUAAAGCAAAGAAAGGCAAAGCAGGCUCCAGCAGGGAUGACAGCACUUUGAAGGAGUUCCUUUUGUCUCCAUAUCUGUGGUUAUUGUCAUUCAGCUACCUGGUGGUGUUUGGAGUUAAGACUGCUUGCACAGAUUGGGGACAGCUCUUUCUUAUCCAGGACAAGAGCCAGUCUGUAUUGCUUGGCAGUUCAUACAUGAGUGCUUUGGAGAUUGGGGGUCUGGUGGGCAGUUUAGCUGCUGGAUAUCUGUCAGACAGAGCUGUGGCACGGCAAGGGCUGCGUAUAUAUGGUAACCCACGGCAUGGUCUCCUGCUGUCAAUGAUGGGAGGAAUGUACGUCUCCAUGUACCUCUUCCGAACCACUGUCACUCAGGAAAGUUCAAAUGUUUGGAUUCUCUCUCUGGGUGCUAUCUUUGGCUUCUCUUGUUAUGGACCAAUUGCUCUAUUUGGAGUUCUUGCUAAUGAAAGUGCUCCUUCAAACUACUGUGGAACAUCACAUGCUAUUGUAGCGUUGAUGGCAAACGUUGGAGGGUUUCUGUCAGGAUUGCCAUUUAGCACUAUUGCAAAACACUAUGGCUGGGACACAGCAUUCUGGGUAGCAGAGGUAAUCUGCGCUGUCACAACGGUUAGUUUUUUCCUCUUCCGUAACAUCCAAACCAAGAUGGGACGUGCUCUGAAGAAGACUGAUUGAUCAGUACUGAAGCUUCUCUUAGUUGUAAACAGAGUUUUCAAUAAAAAGUGUUCUAAUCAACACUUAGGUUUUUUGUGAACCCGGAUGCUAUUCCGUGUAAAAUUAAUAGACAGAAAUUUAUUAAAGAUGCCAAUAAAUUUGGUUUGAUGAAGUUCAUGCAGAGUACUAGAGGGUACUUUAGGGGUACUAAAUACCCCUAAAAUGGUGAUGGAAUUGCCUUGAAUCUAGUGUUUAAGGGUGCUAUGUUUUUUAUAAAUGCAAUUGCACAAUUGAUUAAAGUUCCCUUAACACAUUGAUUCAAUUACAUUCAUAUUUUGGGCCUAGAAUGGAAAAAACAUUCUUUUAAAAGUUUGUUAGUGCUGUAUGAUCGAUGUGCUGUAUAAUUUGUAGGUUUUUACCAAUUUGCCCUUUUGUGUUUUAACCUAUGUUUCAUUGUGAAUAUUAUUAGAGAUUUAAUUAUAAAAUCGGUAUUUUGAUUAAUAACAAACUUUU